AUGACAGACAGAGAAAAUUUCCAGGCGGUCCUUCUCUCCAUAUUGACCGAUCUGGAGCAAGAUCUCACUCGGAAAGGAACGCCUAAGGCCCUCACAGAUCACUUCCUAACCUGUCUGCACACCAACGUUCAAGGAGGAAAACUUAAUCGCGGCCUUAUCGUCCUCAGCACCGGCCAUGUGCUGCUAACGCGUCCCUUGACCUCGACCGAAAUUCGGCACCUCAGUAUUCUCGGUUGGCUUACCGAGUUCUUUCAGGCCGCGUACCUGAUCUGGGACGAUAUCAUGGACGCCUCUGAGUACCGACGGGGCCAGCCUUGCUGGUACCGCCGGAAUGGUAUCGGGCUCAGUGCCGUCAACGACGCGUGUCUGGUCAAGUCAUCCAUCAUGGUACUCCUACGGCAGUACUUUGGCGAUCAUCCAAGCUACGAUCAGCUGACGGAGCUAUUUGAUGAGGCUGCGUUCCGAACGGAGCUGGGCCAACUCGCUGAUAUGACGACUAGCAGUGAAUGCAGUCUUGCUGAGAUGACGAUGGAGCGGUAUGCUUUCACAGCAGAGAACAAGACUGCAUUCUACAGCUUCUACCUCCCCGUCGCGCUGGCUCUGGAAUAUUUCCAGCGCGCGACUGAGCAGAAUCUGACAAUUGCGCGGGGGGUUCUGCUUCGCAUGGGGUGGUAUUUCCAGAUUCAGGAUGAUUACCUUGAUGUAUUUGGGGACCCGAAAGUCACAGGCAAAAUUGGGACAGACAUCCGAGACAACAAGUGCUCGUGGAUAGCUCUGACGGCCUUUGAGCUCUGCAGCUCCGAGCAGAAGGCUAUGCUCAGUCUCUGCUACGGAAGACCGGACAAGGGGAAAGAAGCUAGAGCGAAGGAUGUUUUCUGCAAGGUAGGUAUUGAGGAUGUGUACGACAAUUUUGAGGUGACAGAGUUGGACAAUCUUAAGAAGCAGAUAGACCAAAUUGGAGGAGAGCAUGGGUCUCUUAAGGAUGUUCUCUGGUCAGUCCUAAAGAAGAUUUCACGGCGGGAUAAAUGA